CUUAGAUUUUGGAAAUUUGAAUUAAUUUUUCCUUGAAAUUUUAGUGCCAUCCUCAAUUGUGAUUCAACCAGUGAAAAAAUUUAAAAAAAAAAUCAUCAAAAAAUAUCCAAACAUUUUUUUCGGGAAAAUCAAAUUAAAUAAAACUCAAAUUGAUGUUGUAGUUAAAGAAAUAGACAUAUUUAAUUUUAGAGUCGAAGAGAUUAUAGUUCAUUUGAUUUCAUCAGAAAUAAUUCCUGCAGACCGUCCUUAUCGAGAUACAUAUUUAAACGAGGGAUGCGAGUUCAUAGUUAAAUUUUAUGGCUGCUAUCAAGAAAAAAAUUGCAUAUGUAUCGUUCUAGAAAAUGCAAAAUAUAAUUUUGAUCAAUUUUGCAAAUUACACAAUGAAAGUUGCGACAAAGUAGACAAACUUAGACUUUUUCAUGAGGUUGCAAAAGGUUUAAAAUUCUUACAUUCAAACAAUAUUGCUCAUAUGGAUAUUUCAACGAAAAAUAUUCUGAUUGAUAAAAAUGGAAAUGCACGUUUAUCUGAUUUCGGAGAGGCUGAAAUAAAUAUAAUUAAUAGUACAAUAAAAUAUCGUCAAAACCAUCGUCAAACUAUUGGUUAUGGAGGUUUCAAAAAUGCAUAUAAUAUGUCAGAUAGGAAGAUUAAUCCUUUUUUUAUAGAUAUAUGCUCAAUUGGAAAAGUUUUUAUUAAAAUUCUUUUGGAUAUCGAAGCGGACAAUCAAGAAGAAGGAACACUUGUGGCAAGCUUAAAUACAGCUAAAGAGAUAGGUACAGUAACUGAUGCUGAAGUAGAACUGGUUCUUUUUUUCCUUGAAAGUUCCAAAAAGCGCUGUGAUAUUACAGCAAUAUGCUCAAAUCCAGUAUUUUGGCAACAUGAAAAAACAUAUAAGUUUUUAGAAAAAGUAUACCUUUAUUACACUCGUCACACAUCAGAUGAUGAACUUCUACAUGCAAUUAGUUCCAAAAUUAUGAGCAAAAUCAUUCCUGGCGAGAAAAGUUGGCAGUCAUUUGUUCAAAGAGAAAUUAGUGAAGAAAUCAAAAAAUUCAACAACUUAGACAGAGCAAAAAUAGAAUUUUCUUCAGUUUUUGGCUUAGUUAAGGCAAUAAUAUAUAUUCGUUGUCCAGAUACAAUAAUAAGAAGCAAAACUACAGCACAAAAUGUGUUUGCAAACAGUAGAAAAAUUUUACUCGCUGAUGAAAAUCACGUUGAAACUUACUUAAAAUCUUGGACAAAUAUAUUUAAAAAUAUUGACCUUUAUCUUUAUUACUUUAUGCAAGAUGAACUUGAGGAAACUAAUUCAGAAUUUUAUAGUAUUAAUUCACCAAGCAGAUACUAA